AUGGCCUUGGAGGUGAGGCCUCACUGGGCCACGGCAUGCGAGACUUGGGCAUGGGACAAGGCCCCAUGCUGCUUUCUGACUGACCAAGGUGCAGUGAAAUUUGCAGCAGACAUGGGGGGGGUCCUGAAGAUCCCUAGGGAGCAGCGGGUGAGGGAGGGGAGCAGAAAACACCUGGAGAAGAAGUGGGAAAAAGGUACCCCAAGUUCCUACUGUAUCAAAAUCUUGGGAACUGUGGGUACUGUGGCCUUGGACUGCAAAGGAAACAUGGCUUACACCACCUCUACUGGGGGCAUUAUUAAGAUGAUUAGCGGCAUCGGGGAUUCGCCCUGUGUAGGGUCCGGGGGCUAAGCCAACAAUAGCAUCGGAGCAGUGUCAACCACGGGGUAUGGGGAGAGCACCCUGAAGGUGAAUCUGGCCGGGCUUAUGCUAUUCCACCUGGAGCAAGGAAAGACGGUGGAACAGGCUGCAGAGCUGGCAUUGAGCUACAUGAAGUCGAGGCUCAAAGCCUUGGGGGGCCUCAUCCUGAUCAGCAGCGCAGGGGACUGGGUAGCAAAGUGGACCUCAACCUCCAUGCCCUGGGCAGCCGUGAAGGGUGGCAAGGUGCACGCUGGCAUGGACGUCGGUGACACCACUGUCACAGACCUGUGCUGAGCUGGAGAUGGCGCCUACAGGGCUGGCAUAGCUUAAUCAAUUAGAUAUUGAAAGGAAAAA